AUGAAUGAAGAUUUAGCAGCUGAGAGCAAAAAGACAAUUGCCCCUCCAGCUGUUCUAAUUCAUUACCUCCUUCCAGUGGAAGCAUUUUCGCCACAAAUUUUGGUUCUAGAAACUCCGCUUGGAAAUAUUAGCAAAAUGAAAAAUAAAAAUUCGGAUAGAUCGCAGUAUCUUGUACAAACCAUAAACACUGAUCUUUCACAAAAGUCAAAUUCGUCAUUGUUUUUCAAAGAAGUUCAAAAUUUAUCUUCAUCAAAAUAUCCAACCAUUUUGCCUUUUGAAGGUUUUACAAUAUCAAAUUCAUACAAUUGCGAUAAGCCAGCUAUUGUCUACGAUUGUUAUACUGGACUAAAGCUUUCAGAGAUUCUUGAGAUCGAAGAUGAUGAGAAUGCACUUGAAAACUGGAACUUAACAACUAAAAUACGAUCAUUAAUAGGUGUUGCCUUUGCUUUGGAUCAUAUUCAUGGACUAAAUAUUGCACAUGGUAAUAUCAAUGCAGAAAGUGUAGUUUAUGGUGGAGAUUAUUGGCCGUAUCUUGCUAAUUUAUCGUUUGAGAACUUCUUUAAUGAGGAAAAAGUCAAAAAUUUGGUUCCAAGUUAUUUUGAGACAACAUGGAAAGCUCCAGAGCUUACAGGAACUACAAAGAAGACUCUACCAGGCGAUAUUUACUCUUUUGGAAUGUUAAUUCUGUUAUUAUUCGUUGGUCAAGAUGAAUUCGAAGAUAUUGUUGAAUCUUACACUGAAGAAGAAUCUGAACUAGAAAUACCUGAUUCCGUUCCAUCUCAGAUUAGUGAAAUCAUUCAAUCGUGUUGUAAUCCAAAUCCUCAAGAAAGGCCAGUGAUUUCAACUGUUUUGCAGGAAUUACAAGACUCUAUUGAAAGUAUUCAAGGUGUUGAUGUAUCAGCUAUCCAUGAUUUCAUUCAACAGAUCAAAGGCAAAAAAUCAAAUCAAAAUAAGCCACAAGAACCAAAGAAACAAGAGACCAAACAAGAAAAUGAGCCUGCAAAAGAAGAAUCUUUUAUUCCAAAACCAAAAAGAGAAACUCCAUCAAAAUUAAAGAAAAUUGAUUCCAAAAAGAGCAUCAAAUCCAUAGAUAAAGAAGAAAAACCUGUUAAGAAGAGCAACUCUGAUAAGGAUACUGCUAGAUCUGAUGUCAAAAAGACUCUGAAAAAGAAACCACAAAAAACUGUUUUCGUUAAUGUCGAAAAUACAUGUUAUCCAUCAAUUACACGCAACACAAAGAAGAUGGGCUGGAAAACAACAGAUAACGAAGACAAAACAAUAUUAUUUUGGUAUGAUAACAAUGUAUCUGUUGAUUUGUGUCUUUCUUUACAGCCAUGGCAAUUUAUCAAUCAUAUACCAGGUACAUAUGUUAUUUCCCGCAAAGUAGAACUCGCAAGGAACAUUGAACGCAUUCAAAAAUAUUUUCCAAAAAUUUACACUUUUCAUCCACUUUCUUUUGCAGUUCCAGCUCAAUCAUUAGACCUCCAACAAUACAUGAUGAAUGCUCCUCUCAAAGACAGAACAUUCAUUAUCAAGCCUGAUUUAGGAGCGCAAGGAAAAGGCAUAUAUUUGAUCCAAAACCCAGAUGAUGUUUUAGAUAUCACUGAAACAUCUAUUGCUCAACAGUACAUAAAUUCACAUCUGAUUGAUGGAUACAAGUUUGACUUGAGAAUAUAUGUUCUAGUGUCAUCUGUCUCUCCAUUAAGGAUAUAUACCUUUAAUGAAGGAAUGGCGAGAUUCUGUACAGAACCAUAUAAAAAACCUCGCCAAGGAAAUCUUGACCAAAUUUACAGACAUUUAACGAAUUAUUCCGUUAACAAGAAGAACUCAAAAUUCGAGCAACCAACAGAUGAUGAUGCUUCUAAUGAUGGAUUCAAGAGAUCUUUUAGCUCCGUGCUUCACGAAAUGAAAAGUGAAGGAGUUGAUACUGAUAAACUUCUCAAAGACAUGCAUCAAUUAAUUGUUUUGACAAUUUUAGCUGUUUAUUCUUACAUCAAACACAGCGUUAAAACAGCGUUUAGAGUUGAUGAUGGGAAAAGCAGAUGUUUCGAGAUCAUGGGCUACGAUAUAUUGAUUGACAAGAAGAACAAACCAUGGUUAUUAGAAGUUAAUCAUUCUCCUUCUUUGCAAUGCGACUCUCCUUUCGACAAAACUCUUAAAGACAACGUCAUUUCAGGAGCAAUGAAGAUAAUGGACUUGAACCCUAAUUUCAAGAAGAUUGUAAUAGAGCAGGAGAGAAUAAGAACACAGAACAGAAUUACAGGAAAAGGAAAGGAUGAAAAUAAAAGUUUGUAUGAUGAACAAAAAGAAUACGAAAUUUCUAAAACAACUGGAUGGAUGCAGUUAUAUCCUUGUUUGGAUGAUGCAGAACAACAAAAAUUAUAUGAAGAAGUACUUAAAGUUGAAGGCUCCAUUUCACCAAUAGGAACAGAUGAAACAGUUGCAAGUAAUAAAAGAAAAAUUGCAAUACAAGAGAAAUUGAAGAAAAUCGAAGAAAGCGAAAAGAAAAAUUUGCCUAAAAAAGUUGCAAAACCGAAGAAAGAGAUUAAAGAAAUUGGUGAUGAUAAAGAAUCUGUUUCUGUAACCGUUCCACAGCCAAAACCAUUAGUAAGUAAGACUCCAAGGUCUGUACAGCUUCUAAGAGAAGCAAAACUCGCAAGAAUCAGAUCGGAACAAAUGAGAGAACAACAUAUGAAAAGUUAUGAUGAUUUACCUGAAAUUCCAGCUGCUCCUGCACCUCAUGGCUUACAGGCAUACGCAAGAGCAGUUCCACAUGUAACCAAACCAAAAAUUGUCCCAAAGAAUAUUAUAUUUGAUAUGUAA